AUGUCUGAAAACUACGGUUUUGGUACUAGAGCUGUCCACGCGGGAGCUGAACACGAUCCAACCACUGGAGCUGUCAUCGCACCAAUUUCGUUAUCCACCACUUUUGCCCAAUCUUCUCCUGCUAACCCUAUAGGAAUCUACGAAUAUUCCCGUUCUGAUAACCCAAACAGAAGUGCUUUUGAACGUGCUGUUGCUUCUUUGGAGAAGGCUAAGUAUGGUCUCGCUUUUGCAUCCGGUUCUGCUGCUGAAUCUGUGAUUGUUCACACUUUGAAUGUUGGAGAUGAAAUUAUUUCAGUUUCUGACGUCUACGGUGGGACUCACCGUUAUUUCACCAAAGUGGCCACCAAAACUGGUAUUAGUAUCAAAUUCACUGGACGUUUACAGGCAGACUUGGCCAACUUGCUGAAUGAGAAGACCAGACUUGUCUGGAUUGAAUCUCCAUCUAACCCUACUCUGUCCCUGACUGACAUUGCUGAAAUUAGAAAGAUCAUUGACGACUAUAAAAAGAACGGACACCAAAACCAGAAACUGUACUUGGUAGUUGACAACACCUUCCUGUCCUCUUAUGUUCAAACCCCAUUGAUUCACGGUGCAGAUUUGGUCAUUCAUUCCGUAACAAAGUACCUGAACGGUCACUCUGAUGUUGUUAUGGGUGUAGCUGCCACCAGCGACGAGGAGUUGUACAAAGAAUUGCAGUUCUUCCAGAACGCUACAGGAGCUGUCCCAUCUCCAUUCGACUCUUGGUUGGCUCACAGAGGUUUGAAGACGUUGCAUUUGCGUGUUCGUCAAGCUUCCAACAGCGCUUUAGAGAUUGCCAAAUUCCUGCAAAAAUCUAGCAAAGUACAACUAGUCAAUUACCCAGGUCUUCCUGAACACCCACAACAUGAGAUUUUCAAGAAGCAACACAACUAUGGACUUGGAGGAGGUAUGAUCUCAUUCCGUGUUGUCGGAGGAGCUGCUGGUGCUUCCACAUUCUGCUCAUCUACCAAGAUCUUCACUUUGGCUGAAUCUCUGGGUGGAAUUGAAUCGUUGUUGGAAGUUCCUGCUGUUAUGACCCACGCUGGUUUCUCUCCAGAGGAAAGAGAGGCCAACGGUGUUUACGAUGACCUCAUUAGAUUGUCUGUCGGUAUCGAAGAGACUGAAGACCUUGUUGCAGAUAUCUCCCAGGCUUUGGACAAGCUUUAA